AGUCUCUGUUAAGCUAUAGCUACAAUCACAACAUAAAAAUGCGGAAUUUUCUAACAUGCAUUUUUUUGACCUGUUUAUAUCAAGGAGUUAUCUCAAAUUUGCAUUCGGAAUAUGCAGACGAUUUGAACUGUGCGGUCGCUAAACAAUUGGAAAAUCAAUGUGCCUCUUAUUGCUAUCGGGUUAUCAAGCCUUUUAUACAGAUAACCCAUGAAUGCCAUCAAAAAGAUGCAAAGAUUGCGGAUCUCAUCGAACAGUUGGCUAAAUACAAAGCAGCAGAAUCGAAAAACAAAGAGCUACUCGAAAUAACAGCUAAUAUGGUUGAUAUGAAGAAAAUGAUUUCCGAAAUGAAAACUCAAUUGAACGAAAGUCAUAACGUCCAAGAAAGCGAACGCAAUACACAAAAUACAUUGAAUAGUGGUCUUAAAAUGAUUAAAGUGCCGGGUCUUGAAGCAUUUCCAGUUCUCUACAACAACCACAUUGCAGGACCUGGAUGGAUUGUAAUACAACAGCGGUUAAGUGGCGACCAAAGUUUUUACCGUAAUUGGGCUGCCUAUCGCGAGGGAUUUGGUGAGAUCGCCGAGAGUGGGGAGUUUUUCAUCGGUCUUGAAAAGCUGCAUCGAAUGCUAGCGAUCAAUCAACCCAAUGGGUUGUACAUACGGAUGGAGCAUGUGAAUAAGAUUGUUCGUACUGCACACUACGAUAACUUUAACGUUGGCGAUGAGAUGUCCGGCUACAAGCUGUUAUCUCUCGGCAAACACUCGGGGAAUUCCACAGAUGCACUGCGUAGGAAUGAAAAAAUGAAAUUCACAACAUUCGAUCGUGAUAAUGAUGCCCAUAUCACUUCAAACUGCGCUCAAAUCCAAGAUGAUGGCUGGUGGCAUGCGGCCUGUUCCGAUACCAAUUUGAACGGCAUAUACAAUGACGCGAAGCAUUGCAUCUAUUGGAACUCUGCGUACCUAAAGACGAAUGGCGACUGCCUUAAGUCCGUACAGAUUCUAAUAAAACCAAAAAUCACUUUCAAUUAAGAAGCAAAAAUAAAAACAUAACCACAAUAUACGAGUAUGAAAG